CCGGUUUCCAUUCAGGGUAAAUCAAAAAACCAAACGCAACCGUGCGAGUUUUAUAUUGUUAAUCUUAUCCAACAUUUUCGUUAUCAUUGCUUGUUUAGAUACUAAGGCAGAAUGAACCAGGUUUUACGGCGAGUAGUGAUAUUCUUAUGCUGGACUUUUAUUCUAUUUGACAUCGCUAGUUGUCUGACGUGCGGUCAAACAAAAUGUUCAGAUGGAGAACAGUGUUGCAGUAAGAAUGGAGGAUCAAACAACUGUUGCUGUAAAAAUGACGCCACAGGAACCUCACAUCGUUGUUUUUCCGAGACGAUAACUGGAAAUGGAUUUCCAUGGUGGGGAGCUGUGAUCAUAGUUAUUGUGAUAGUCGCAAUAAUUGCAACCGUCGUGUUCAUAUUGUACAGAAUAAAGAGACGACAGCCACACCAACCACUGUAGACCAGCUUUAGUUGAGAUGAUGCACAUCCGAAUACUUGAACACUAUUCUUCAAUGUUUCAACUAACUGAAUACAAGGUUACAAGAAUAUGUUUUUAUUAAUUUUUGCGAUAAAUUCACAAACAAUGGAUUUUGGAAAUUAACACCUGACAUAGCUGAUCUGUAGAAACCAUCAGUUAAAGGAAGUUAUAGAUUUAAAUGACAUGGAAAAGAAUCUCAAAAUUAAGAAAUAAUACAUCUCAAACAGUGAUUUGUUGUUGAAUAAAGUCAUUGUCUGGAGUUCAGCUGCGAUGGAAUUAUUGCCUCCUAGUGAUGUGAUAAAAUUCGUCUGAACGAUAACCAGUGAUCUUGUUCAAGUGAAGAUCACUGUUUGAGAUACAAUUUCUAUUUAAACUCGAUAUCAAGGAAAACUAUAUUAUUCAUUGAAUGCAUUUACCAAAUAUAUUCCCGUUUUCUGUCAUUCAUUUUCAGCGCGCCGCUAUGACGUUUGAUGAUAUGACGUAAUAAUUGUAAUGUAAAAACUGUAAUUUUUGUUACAUAAUAUUGUCACAAUUUCAGCCUUCUUUCUUUAAUAGUGAAAAAAUUGGUCGUGUUAAAAUAUGCGUUAGCGUGUUUUAUUACAAAAUAAAGCAUGUGGUUUGUUUACGGGGAUAGCUCGUCUGUGCCCAUUUUUGACAAUAAACGGUCUUAGGGUUGCUUGUUGAUUACUUAAACUUUAAUACUCUGAAAUACGGAUAUUAAAUGUGCAUUGGCUCAAACUCCGGUUCUGAGUGUCACCUUCCCGCCGUUUACUACACCUCUUAUUUAAAAAAAAAACAACUUUACCUGUUAUGUCAAAAAUGCGCACAAACGGGUGGACAUCGUAAAAACACAUAAUUUGUUUUGUAGUUGAUAUAUAUAUGUAUGAUUUUAAUUGAAAAUUAUGUUUUUCAUUUGCUUAUGUAUCAGUUUCUCCGAAUUGUUAU